GCGGCGCUGGGCUGCCUGGCGGCGGUGCGUGGCCUAUGGGGCCGGGCGGCGCGCUCGGGGCGCGAGCUCCGCUGCGGGAGGGGCUAUGCGGCGGGCCCCGCGCAGACCCUCAGAAUCAGUUGGCCGGUAUGUCGUUCCUGCCAUUUUACACAUGAGCAGUGGAGAAGGGAAGAACUGUGCUGACUGGUGGUGCAAAGGGUGAAGUGGCUCAGCCAGAGGCUGCUGGGAGCUGUCAGGACUGCAGGCGCCAUUGCUCACACCCGUGCCUGUGGUCCUAAUUUCCCUCGUCUGCAGUGGCCUCGGCAUGUCAUUAUGAGCGCACCCACCUUUGGGUUUCUGUUCGACAUCGAUGGGGUGCUGGUGCGGGGCCACAAGGUGAUCCCGGCCGCCCUGGAGGCCUUCCGCAUGCUCCUGGGUGCCCAGCGCCAGCUGAGAGUGCCUGUGGUCUUCCUCACCAACGCUGGCAACGUCUUACAGGACCAAAAAGCCCAGGAGCUCUCAGCCCUGCUGGACUGUGAGGUGCUCCCAGACCAGGUGAUUCUGUCUCACAGCCCGCUGAAGCUCUUCUCCCAGUACCACAACAGGCGCAUGCUGGUGUCUGGCCAGGGCCCCCUGGUGGAAAACGCCCGGGCACUGGGCUUCCAGAAGGUGGUGACCGUGGAGGAGCUGCGGGUGGCCUUCCCAGUGCUGGAUAUGGUGGACCUGGAGCGGCGGCCCAAGACCACGCCCCCCCCAAGGAAUGACUUCCCCGCCAUAGAAGGGGUGCUCCUUCUGGGGGAGCCAGUGCGCUGGGAGACCAGCCUGCAGCUCAUCAUGGAUGUCCUUCUCAGCAACGGUGACCCUGGGGCCGACUUGGCCGUGCCCCCUGAUCCCCACCUCCCCGUUCUGGCCAGCAACAUGGACCUGCUGUGGAUGGCAGAGGCCAAGAUGCCCAGGUUCGGCCACGGCACCUUCCUGCUUUGCCUGGAGACCAUCUUCCGCAAGGUGACGGGCCGGGAGCUGCGCUACGAGGGCCUGAUGGGCAAGCCCAGUGUGCACACUUACCGCUAUGCAGAGGCCGCCAUCCGCAGCCAGGCACAGCGCCAGGGCUGGGCCGCCCCAGUCCGCACUCUCUACGCUGUGGGCGACAACCCCAUGUCCGAUGUCUAUGGCGCCAACCUGUUCCAGCAGCACCUGCAGACCGCACAGCAGGCUGGGGGUCAGGAGCAGCCCUCCGGCACGCAGAGCUGCACCUCCAUCCUGGUGUGCACGGGUGUGUACAGCCCCCAAGGGCCCGAGGCUCGUCCCUUCCACAGCCACCGUGACUUCAGCCCCAGCCCGGAGCUCCUGCGGGCCGCCUAUGUGGUGCAGGACGUGAGGGAGGCCGUGCAGCUGGUGCUGAGCCUUGAGGGCUGGGCAGCCUAGAUGGGGGGGCAGUGGGAAUGGUGGAGCAGUGUGGACGGUGGGUAGUGUAGACGGGGCAUCCGGUCUCCGGAAACUAGCCUCAGCAACACUCUCCUCGCUGCACACAGCCGGCCAGCACUGUCACUCAGAGAAAGACACUGGCUUCUUUCUGUGGUGUUUUUUUUUUUCUUUUCCUUCUGGACAUUUGUCACAAAGGACCUGGGUGGCCUUCAGGCAGGCCUGGCAUCCUUCAGCCAGCCCCGCUGGUGCCUCCCCAGUGCCAACCUCAGGCCGGCCCCUCCACCCUGUGCCUUGGCUUCCCUGUCCUUAGCCACUGCCAGGAGGCAAGGGGCAGGGCUGAGGGUGGUGGUGGUCUAGAAGAAUGAGCCAGUUCCUUCAGGGGCCUUGGCCCACACCCGCCUGCUGGCAGAGUGUGAAGCUCACACUCAGAUGCUAUUUUUGGUGGCAUUUUAGCUUAUGCCCAGGGACUGGGGGCGGGGGGGUGGGUAGCAUUUUAUAAAUUAAAAGAGUUGUAACAAA